UAUGCAAAUUUGAAUUGUAGUGUAGUGUUACAUUUUUUUGCUAACAAACGCACAAAAUGUUGAAAUUUUUGUUAAUCACAUGUUUAAUUAUUAUAGAAUAUGAAACACGAAAUAUUUAUAUAUCUGGUGGGUUUCACUACAAAGGAAAAGGAAACUCUAAAAUUUAUGUUGUAAAGUCUGAACCUCCAUCACAGUUCAAUCCGAUAAUUUCAGAGUGUAAUAGAAAGAAAUGCGUCAGUGAUGAAGUGUGUUAUUACAAUAAAUGUUGUUACGAAAGUUUGUGUGGCCAUAAUAUAUGCAAGAGAACGUGUGACGAAACACAAGACAUUGCAAUUAAGGAAACAACUACUUUUGCUGCUACGGAAGAUACUCAUAGUACAAGUAUUACUGAACUAGAAGAUUCGUCUACUACUACAGAAACCACACUUUUUCCCACGACAACAACUACACUUAGCACUAUUAGUUCCACUUAUAAUGAACCAGAAGAGACUACAUUCAGUACAAGUGAUAUUACUGAAACUACUUCUGUUAUUACGACAACCAUCACAGAUUCGAGUACUUCAGAAGGAACUUCUACGGUUACUACAAUUUCUCCUGCUACUACAACCGUAGUUUCCUCUACUAUCACAGAAAAUCAUACUUCGGGUACUUCAGAAGACACUUCUACAAUUAGUACCACUGAUUCCACAACUUAUGUUACCGAAACAACUACAAAUUCAACAAUUAUACCUACUUUUGCUUCUUCUACUGAAACUGAUAGAUCUGGUACUUCAGACGACUUGAAAGAUCAUACUUUUACUUCUAGUACUAUUGUUACUAGUACUUUAACAACAACUCAAUCAACUCAAACAAAUGAGGACGUUAGUACUACGACUGUUGAAAUUAAGACAACAAGUAAGUAUGACGAUACUAGUGAAGUUGAAGGAAGUGGGGCUAUAAGUACUUCCUCACCAAAUGUCAAUAAAGAUGAUAAUAUAACGUUUGUGGACGAAGAUGAAAAUGGGAGCGGAAGUGGAGAUGGUAUAGCAAUACGUCACGAAAACAAAAAUCAAAAAAUUGUAAAAAAAGAAGUAGAAUCUGGCGAUUUUAUUUUUAUCGAUAGUACGUCAAAACCAAAAGAAGAUAAAUAUUUUAGUAUUGAUGCGAUAUCGCAAAUCGGUGUUACAACAAUUCCCACAUACAGCACGAAAAGUGUUACUUUACAGAAAAACAAUGUAAAGAACAUUUUAGAAAAGGAAUUCUUCUUUGACGACAGUGAAGAUGGUACUGACGAUAAGUACUCCGGUAGUGGAGGUUCUCAAGAUCAUUAUGAUGGUGAUAAUUAUUCCGGUAGUGGAGACGAUGAAGAUGUUGUUAGUGACAAGCACCCAGGCAAUGAAGUGGAUAAAAUAUUAAUAAACGAAGAAUUAGAUAAAAAUUCUACAGUCAAAGAAACUGACAAGGAUUUUGAGGACUACUUGGACGUCAUCUCCAGUGAUCUUUUGGCUAUGAAUCUUACCAGCAUCAGCGAUGAUUACUUCAUCAUUGUUGAUGGUUAUGACUACUCGUUUGGUGGUCAAGAAAAAGAAAUUGAAGACAACAUUGUUUAAAUUUAUCUGCUGUAUAAAGUGCAAAUAAUGUUUUGAUAUUUUUAUGUGUCAAGGUAUCCCGAAUAAAAACGUUUUUGUAAA